UCAGAUGGGUAAAUGCUAACUACAACAAUGAGCCAUUUUCUAGCUCCUCUGUGUCUGCUGGGAUCUCUUCUCCAUGUCUGGAGUCAAUGCAUGGCCCAAACCUCAGAAUUUCAGCUGGAAGGAGAUUAUUUGAUUGGGGGAAUUUUUGACAUUCAUUACAGCAGCAGCAGUCCUUAUCGGGACAGACCAGAAGCCAUCGACUGCUCCAGUCAGCACUUCAUCUUGUCAAGUUAUCGGAGGUUUCAGCUGAUGAGAUUCGCUGUAGAGCAAAUCAAUAAUUCCACCAACCUACUGCCAAAUGUAUCUCUCGGCUAUGACAUAUUUGAUCACUGCUCAGAUACGCAGAGUUUCCCAGGAAUUUUGAAACUCAUCUCAGUCAAUAAUGGGAUCCAACCUUGGGGUGAAAAUCCCAAGAAUCUGUCCAAAAUGAUAGCAGUGGUUGGUCCUUUUACAAGCACCGACACCUUCACUGUAACCCCGCUCCUCAUGAUGAAUUUCUUUCCUGUGGUCAGUUAUGGAGCUGCUAGCUCUGCCUUUUCAAAGAAAGCUAAAUUUCCCUCUUUUCUGCGAACAGUGCAUUCCAACAAAAAACCCAUAGAAGUGAUUGUUAACAUCGUACUGUACUUCAAGUGGCGCUGGGUUGCUUUCUUGAACAAUGAUAAUGAUUAUGGGAAUGAUGGACUGGAAUUGUUCAUAAAGAGGAUUGUGGAUACUGAGAUCUGCAUGGCGUAUAACAAAGGCCUCAAUGACAAAACUAAUUACUCGCAGAUGUUCCAUCAGAUCGAGGCACAGAAGAUACAGGUUAUUAUUGUUUUUACUACAAAACUGACUGCUGAAGCUCUUAUUAAAUCGGCAAUGCAACUAAACAUCACUGACAAGGUGUGGAUAGCAUUAGACACCUGGUCCUUGAACAAAAAGCUCCCCAAGAUGAAAGAAAUCAAAAAUAUUGGAACUGUGCUUGGGGUGUCUCAGCCAGUGGUGCCAAUACCUGGAUUUAAUGACUUUAUCUAUUCGAGCAAAAGCCAGCCACAUUGUGAAAAUACAGAACAAAGCAUGCUUUGUAGUCAGGUUUGCAACUGCAGUGGCCUCAGUCCAGAGGAUGUGGUCUCCAUUGACCCAACGUUCUCCUUUCCUGUUUAUUCUGCUGUUUAUGCCGUCGCCCAUGCCUUACACAAGGUCUUGCAAUGUGGCGUUGCUAAAUGCAAUGGCAAUAUCACAGUGUACCCACAUAUGGUUCUAGCAGAGCUGAAGAAGUCAAACUUUACACUUUUAAACCGGAGCAUUCAGUUUGAUGAGAACGGCGACCCCACAUCCGGAAUGUAUGAUAUAGUUUUCUGGAAUCAAAGUGGUAAAGCACAGGAGAUCGGCUUUUAUCAUUUUCAUCCAUCAAUCAAUUUCUUUAUCAACAGCUCCCAAAUUCAGUGGUACACAAAUGGAACAGUACCUAUUUCAGUAUGUUCCCCAGAAUGUCCUACAGGAUACGUGAGAAAACAAGAUGGAAUCCACAAAUGCUGCUUCAGUUGUAUCAUCUGUCCAAAUAGAACUUAUAUCAACAGCACAGAGGAUCCCUACAGCUGCAUCAGCUGCAAGGACACAGAAUGGUCUGCAGAGGGAAGUACAUCCUGCAACCAGCGGCUGGUGGAGUUCAUCCCAUUUACAGACAGCGGGGCCAUACUGAUCAUGUUGGGGGCCGGGGCCUUGGUGGGCCUCACUCUAGCUGUGUCUGUCCUCUUUGCUGUUAACUACAACACGCCUGUUGUCAGAUCUGCUGGGGGACCCAUGUGCUUCCUGAUUUUAGGCUGCCUCAGUCUGUGCAGCAUCAGUGUUUUCUUUUACUUUGGCCAGCCAUCAGUUUCUUCUUGUGUCUUGAGGUUUCUGCCAUUUUUCUUGUUCUACACUGUUUGUCUGGCAUGUUUUGUGGUGCGCUCCUUUCAGAUUGUUUGCAUUUUCAAAAUCGCCGCCAAGUUCCCCAAACUCCACAGCUGGUGGAUGAAAUAUCACGGACAGUGGCUGGUCAUCACUGCAGCAUUUACAACCCAGGCUCUCAUACUUGUUAUUGGCUAUUCUUCUGGCCCUCCAAAGCCUUACAAUGAGACAGUGUGGUACCCACGAGAAAUCAUACUCAGCUGCGACAUUGAUCUAAUCGCAACUUCUGGUUCUGUGAUUUUACUGUCAUCAUUAUGCUCCCUUUGCUUUAUUUUCUCCUACAUGGGAAAAGACCUGCCAAAAAACUACAAUGAGGCCAAAUCAAUCACCUUCUGCCUCCUGCUGCUGAUCCUCACAUGGAUCAUCUUUGCCACUGAGUACAUGCUUUAUCGUGGUAAAUACAUCCACACUAUUAACGCCCUGGCUGUACUCUCCAGUCUCUACUCCUUUCUGUUGUGGUAUUUUUUCCCAAAAUGUUACAUCAUUAUUUUUCAGCCACAUAAAAAUACACAGCAGUACUUCCAAGAUCUCAUUCAGAACUACACCAAAACUAUCAGCCAGUAGCUGCAUCCAGUAACUGCAAAUCUCAUAAAUCAUUUUGCAUUCAGUCUGUACUGCAGCAAUAAUAUUAAACUAUAUAUUGGACAUUUUACACUCAUGUUGUUGUGAAACAAAUGAUAGAUACUGAGCUUUCAAAGUGCUUGCAGCUUUUACCUUCAGGCAGAGGACAUCUUUCUGGUUAACUAGCUACCCAGCCAGCCUCAUAUUUAACUAACAAAUAUGAGUGGCAUCAGUUCUUUCGUAUCACUUUUCUUUAGUGGAU